CGUGGACGCCAACGCGGUAUGCAGUUACGCAUUUGCAUCCUAGCCUGUCUCCUAUUGAAGGGACUGGCUCGAGCCGAAGAAGUAGAAGUCGUGGAGGCGAUUCCAGGGGAGGAUAAUCGGAGAAAUUCGGCAUUGAAUCGCCAGGACAACGAGUUAAGUAAUUCCGAUCAAUUGGCACUGGACUCUAUAGCGGAGAAGGAUGCGGGAGGAAAUCAUUACAAGCCAGGAGCUCUUCGGGGCCACCCUCUGCUACCACCUGGACGAGGCGCGUUAAGUCUGCCACGUCCGCAUCACAAUAUCGCUUAUCACGGUCCGCCGCCGCCGUUGCCACCUUCUAAAGCGCAACCGGAAGCGAUGGAUAAGAUUUAUACGACUGGUGGUGGUCUCACCACUGCUGUCGGCGUCGAACCCUGGCCGGUGGCGACGCCCGAUAUGCCGAAGAUCGUGUCGCUGGACGUGAAGUGCGAGAAGAAUCUGAUGAAGGUUUACCUGGGCUUCGACAAGCCGUUCUACGGGAUCGUCUUCAGCAAGGGCCACUAUAGCAACGUAAAUUGCGUCCACCUGCCAGCGGGACUGGGUCGUACAUCUGUCAAUUUUGAAAUCAGCAUACACGCGUGCGGCACAGCUGGUAACACGGAGAACGGACUAUACGGCUACGGUGCCGAGUCUGGUUCCGGGACGUACUUCGAGAACAUCAUAGUGGUGCAGUACGAUCCACAGGUGCAGGAGGUCUGGGAUCAGGCGCGCAAGCUGCGCUGCACCUGGCACGAUCUAUACGAAAAGUCGGUCACAUUCCGUCCGUUCCCCGUCGACAUGCUGGAUGUGGUACGCGCAGACUUUGCCGGCGACAACGUGGGAUGUUGGAUGCAGAUACAGGUCGGGAAGGGACCGUGGGCCUCCGAGGUCUCGGGACUCGUCAAGAUCGGUCAGACGAUGACGAUGGUGCUCGCGAUCAAGGACGACGACUCCAAGUUUGACAUGCUCGUGAGAAACUGCAUGGCGCACGACGGUAAACGCGCGCCGAUACAACUGGUGGAUCAACGCGGCUGCAUAACGCGACCUAAACUGAUGUCCCGAUUUACCAAGAUCAAGAACUUCGGCGCCUCGGCGUCGGUGCUGUCGUACGCCCAUUUCCAGGCGUUCAAAUUCCCGGAUUCCAUGGAGGUGCACUUUCAAUGCACCAUACAAAUCUGUCGGUACCAGUGUCCGGAACAGUGCUCGGAAUCGUUGCCCUUCCUGGACAAUCAGGGUCUUUUGGAGAAUCAUCCGCAUCAUCACGUGGCGACAAACGGACAUCCCGAUGUUGGAUACGGUUUACCACCUCCGAUCCCGCUACCGUUGGAAGCCUAUUUACAGGCGGCUGCCGGGCAACCUCGGGACGAGAGAAGAAGAAAGUCUCGAGAGAUCUCGCACAAUCCGCAGAAGGCCGUCGGUGUGAAUCGAAUCAUCCGGGUAGUCUCGACCGGCGACUUGACCUUCUCCAUCGAUGAGGGCAACAACAGCGGCGAACAGUUGGUGAACGGCGGACAGACGAUGGUAUUCCCGCAACGUGUUCACGAGAACGCAGCCAGCUCGAGCAUGAUCUGCAUGACUACUCCCGGAUUCGCGAUUACUCUCGUCGUAUUACUCGCCAUUCUACUUUCUUCGUGCGUGCUCUCGGCCUAUCUCUUCAUGCGUCUCAGGCCCUUCUCGGCGAGAGCCAAAAAAUCCAACGUCGCCGCGUAUAACGACGGCGUGACGAAGAAAUCUUCGAGAACGUGCUUCUACUCAUAGAGAUAUACUCGCGAAAAUUGCCGCGUGUCCACCCUGAAUCCACUCCAGCGCGAUCCCGAUAUCCGCGCCGGAAGAGCGGCCGUCAAAUUGGACGGCCCUCUUCUCGGAAGAACCGGUUUACGCGAUAUCGUUGAAACGUCGUUGGAGGUCAGUACGUCCGUAGAACGAAUGCGGUCGCGCGGAGGAAAAAGGAAAUUGGUCUCGGUCGCCACGUCGCGCCAGACUAAUAAAUUAGCGGUAAACGGGUAGAAGAAUCACGUUCGUGCUUUUUUAUUUAUUUAUUUAUUUUUUUUAAUACUUUUGGCCAUUAACCGACAGUAUUCUUCUAUAUGUACACGCGUAUGCAGAAUUUCUUUUAAUAAAGCAGAUUGCAGCGGAGCAUCUUCUGCAAGGAAAACUUUGCAUGAACUGGUCUUCGAAAUCACGAAUCUUCAGGUUUCGUAGAGGCUAUCGAAUGUCGCAAGCACGACCCUGCGUGAAGUUAUUUUCUCGGAUACCAACAGCAAUAUUGUCUUACGAUAACUAGGCAGUACUUCGUGUCACUCGGUAUUUCGCGGCCUCCACGUGGAGUCAUGCUUCGUCAUAAUGAAACUUAAGCUCAGGCCUAUAUAGGCAUAACAUAGGCGAUAUACGCCGAAAAUUUAGUCAAAGAUAAUCAAAUCUAUUUCUGCGUUUAUUACCUAUGUAUGUAUUUGUAUUUAGUCUCUUCUUUCGUUUCUCGGUAUUUGGGACUCUAUCAUUUAACAAAUCGUUGCUCAAUAAUGUGGGUGACAGUAAGGCUGAAAUUUCGCAAAAA